UUAGACAAUGAUCCAUGUUUCCUCCUCUUUUGCAGCCACCACCUCGGACUUUGGAGCUACGACCCAGAUCACCAGCAGCAGGACCAGUUGCUUAGUGUAUGGCAGUACCACCUCAUUGCCCUUCACGUCCGGGGUGCCAGCAGGCCCUGCUGGCAGUGGGGGCUUUGGGAUGAGCAUGGCUGCCCCCAACAGCAGCUCCACCACCAGGACAUUCCACUUUGGGGCAAGGCGGAGUCGGAAAACUGGUGGUACAGCACCUUUCGAAGGAGGCUUGAUUUAGAAAUCCCAGGGUGCUGCUGGCCAGAAUACACCCUCUGUCUGCCACAUGGCCAGCACGCCUCAGAACACAUCUGUGUUUGCAGCUACCACCUCGGGCUUUGGAGCUACGACCCAGACCACCAGCAGUGGGACCAGUAGCUCAGUGUUUGACAGCAGUACCUCAUCACUCUUCAUGUCUGGGGUGUCAGCAGGCCCUGCUCACAGUUGGGGCUUUGGGAUGAGCGUGGCUGCCCCCCACAGCAGCUCCACCUCUGGGGCAUUCAGCUUUGGGGAGGACAGAGUGGGAGCAGUGGUGGCACAGCCCCUUUCUGGGGUGGCUUGAGUAAGAACUCCCUGGGUGCAGCUGUCCAGAGCACACCCUUUGCCUUCCACGUGGCCAGCAAGCCUCAGAAAACGUCUGUGUUUGCACAUCAGAUUUGCAAUGGGCUCAGUGCUGGAGUCCAGCUCCAGCUGAGGUGUGGGUCACGAAGGAAAGGACAGCGUCAGCGAGUGAGAUGAAUGAGGAGACAAAACAUCCAAUUAAAGUUGUAACAUCUCCUGACAUCAAUUGGCAGGGUCUUUAUUUUUGUAUCUUUUUACGGUUUUCAUAUGUUAAACAUUUUUUAAAAUUAUGAAUAAUACAUUCCCUUUUCUGUCAGUUUACAUAAUUUCAGCUUAUUACCCUUAAGUAAAUAUCAUUAUUUCUUCUAAUAGUAGCCAUUUAACAUUUAAUUUUUAACUUUCCCCUAGUCUAUUUUGAUUGGUAAUUCAUGUAAGCUACGUGCUAGGUGCUAAACA